AUGACUUCCUACAUCCCCCACCUGACACUCCCUUCGUUCAUCUUCGAGAAGCCGGCCGUCUCCGUGUUGCUGCCCGUCGCACUCGGAACCGCUGUUGGCUACUCGACCAGACCCAAGGAGACGCAGAAAACCUAUCUCGCCCUGCGUCAGCCUCCCCUUCGCCCUCCGCCAUGGGUCUUCGGCCCGGUAUGGACUCUGUUGUACGGUGCCAUGGGAUACGCCGCUUUCCGCGCCUGGUCGACCGCUAUGGAUUCGUUUGAUGCAAAGAAGGUUCUGCUCGCAAAGCAAGGCGCAACUCUUUACACCAUCCAACUCGGUCUUAACCUCAUCUGGAUGCCCCUCUUCUUCUCCCUGAAGCGCCCGAUUGCUGCUACCGUUGAUAUCGUUGCUCUUACUGGCGUCACCGGAUACCUUGCCUACAUUUGGGGCCAAGUCGACGAAGUCGCUGCGUGGACUCUUGUUCCCUACCUCGGCUGGCUUAGUUUCGCAACCUAUCUGUCGGCAGGUUGCGGCUACUUGAACAACUGGGACUUCGAGAGCAAGGAACGUUCGACUGCUGGCAAGCCUAAGGACACCAACAAGUUUGUUGAUGAGAAGAGAGAGUAG